GGGUAGUAGCUUGGAGGCGGAUGGCCAAUCGGAGUAUAAAUUUGGAGCAUCUUUUCCUCAGAAAGCCCCCAUCACAGAGCAUUGACUCAAAAAUCCGUUAAGUUCUAACGACGCUGCGUGUCAUGUGCAAAGCAUAUUACGCACUACGUUAGGAGUUCCCCUUUUUUCCAGCGAGAAAACGCCCCACUUCUGUCCUCCUAACCCUCUUGAAUGUUAGCCAUAGCUGCCGGCUUGAGCCUGUCUGCUGUCCCAGCCUGCAGCGCUGCAUCUCCCCGCGGCACAGGAAGAGAGAGACAGAGAGAGAGAAAGGCGCUCUCCGGGGCGGUGGCGGCGGUGUCCUGCAACCUCAAUGACUAGAAUCCUGACAUCCGGACCUGACAGGACAGGGCUGUAAUCCAUGUCUAUGACAACAGAGACAAUUUUGGCAGGGGAAAUGAAGACCGCAAUGGAGGGUGACGCCAGGAGGACCAAUCAGGUUUCUGAGGACCAAGGUGACCUGGAUGAUAGCUCAGAGAAGACCCCAAGCAAAGCCUCCAGAUCACCCCAGAAAAUUACUAAACGGCUCAAGACUGUCCCUGUUAAAGUAACUCUCCUUGAUGGCUCAGAGUAUGACACUGCAGUUGAGAAAUUUGCCAAGGGCCAGACCCUGCUGGACAUGGUGUGUGGCCAUCUGAACCUGCUGGAGAGGGACUACUUUGGUCUGACUUUCAUGGAGUCAGAUAAUGCUAAGAACUGGCUGGAUCCCUCCAAAGAGAUUAAGAAACAAAUUCGGGUUGGUUCCUGGAUGUUUGGGUUUGCAGUCAAGUUUUACCCUCCAGACCCAUCUGUGCUCAUCGAAGACAUCACAAGGUACUACCUGUGUCUACAACUGAGAGAUGACAUCCUUUCCGGCCGCCUCCCAUGCUCAUUUGUCACACACGCGCUGCUGGGCUCCUACACUGUGCAGGCUGAGCUGGGAGACUACGACACUGAGGAACACGGCCCAGACUACGUGAGUGAAUUCCACUUUGCUCCAAACCAGACGCGAGAGCUGGAGGAGAGAGUAAUGGAGUUGCACCAUAACUACAGAGGGAUGACUCCAGCAGAAGCAGAGAUGAACUUCCUUGAAAAUGCAAAGAAGCUGUCAAUGUAUGGUGUGGAUCUGCAUCAUGCAAAGGAUUCUGAGGGAAUAGACAUAAUGCUUGGUGUCAGCGCGAACGGGCUGCUCAUCUACAGAGACCGCCUCAGGAUCAAUCGCUUUGCCUGGCCUAAAAUUCUCAAGAUCUCUUAUAAAAGAAGCAACUUCUACAUCAAGAUCCGUCCCGGAGAGUAUGAACAGUUUGAGAGCACCAUAGGCUUCAAGCUGCCCAACCAUCGGGCCUCGAAGCGAUUGUGGAAGGUCUGCAUAGAACACCACACCUUCUUCAGGUUAGUUUCCCCAGAACCACCUCCAAAGGGCUUCCUUGUAAUUGGCUCCAAGUUUCGCUAUAGUGGGCGAACCCAAGCCCAGACAAGGCAGGCCAGUGCUUUGAUCGACCGGCCUGCACCACAGUUUGAUCGGUCCGUCAGCAAGCGAUACCUGCAGCCGCGAAGCAUAGAUGGAGCCUCAGCCUUAGGUGACAGUAUGGAUCAGCUGUCUCAGAGAAGCUCCAGUGAACGCACACAGUUUAUGUCCAGGGAAGACCUGGAUCAAGAAGGAAGCCUUGACCUGGACCAUGAUCAUUAUCUAUAUCCAGACCAUGACCAGGACCAGUACACAGAUCAGGAAGUGGAGCAGCAUGAUGGGUACAAACAGCCACUGGGGGCCAUCAGUUCAACACUCACAAAGGCCUUGGAGCUCAAGGAUCAGGAGCCAGGCUUUCCUAUUGACUCGAAACCAGAGGAUCUGGUGCAUCUUCGGCCCAAACAGGAGCAGUUUUUGGAUAAGCCAGAGGACGUUUUACAGAAACACCAGGCCAGCAUCAAUGAGCUAAAGAGGGCUCUGAAGCAGCCAAACAGUAAGAAGAGAGAGAAGCGCCUUCCUUCAGCCACCCCUCCUGCAGGAACCCCUGAACGAAAAACAGAGACACCCCCCACACCUGCGGUCCAUGAGGAACAUUUCAGCGAAGCUUCAAAUGAACCAUGGGAGAGACGCCUGGGCUCUGUAUCUGAAGAUGACCAGGACCAUGAGAUCCUCUACCUGAAGGAAACCCACCUGGGCAUUGAGCGCAAGUGUUCUAGUAUCACCGUUAGCUCGACUUCCAGCCUUGAAGCUGAAGUAGAUUUUACCAUCCUUACAGACCUGCAAACAGGCAUGGAAGAGUUCUCCAGGGGUAUGUCAGAGUUGGGAGAGAGGGAUCUUUCACCUGAUGGGGGGCUGCGCUUUGGGAUCGAUUUGCUCCAGCAGCAAGGCCCUCCUGAACUACCCCCUCCGUUAGUAUCUGCUCCUCUCACCAGAGGAGCCAGUGUCAGCCCUUCAACCAAACUUAUUCAACCUGAAGAGGUUCGACCAGAAGUCAGACCUGAAAACCGACCAGAAGUCAGACCAGAUGUCAAAAGACAUGACGGCCAGCCUGUUGUCCCUAAAAAACCAAAGAGGUCAGUGCCAGUGUCUUCAUCAGUGGACAGAGAUCAGUCGCACAGAGAAGCGAGUCGCCUCCCUACAGCAACGCCUCUGAGCAGAGAGGCCAGUGAUGUCAUGCCCACUCCAACAGUGAGGAAAACCGACACUAGGACAGAGACUCAGCCCAACGGGUCAGAGCUCACCACCACCAUUGUGGAGUUCACAGAUCAGGAUCAUGGUAUCACGGGGUUAAGCGAGGUUUCUUACUCUAAAAGACAAAGUGUAUCUCCAGUGCACAGAGGCGGUUUUGGAAGAGAGUCGUCUGGCUCGCCUAUCCUUGUCACUGAAAAUGUUACGUCAGCAACCACUCACAUCUCAAAGACAGUGAAAGGCGGAUACUCCGAGACGAGGAUUGAGAAGAGGAUUAUAAUCACUGGAGAUGAUGACGUAGACCAAGAGCAGGCUCUGGCUAUUGCAAUACAGGAAGCCAAACAACAGCAUCCAGACAUGCAGGUGACCAAGGCGGUUGUCAUUAGGGAAACUGAACCAUCCACUGAAGAUCGACAUGUCACGUCAUAGUCCCAUUUUACUGAAUCAAGAGUGCCCCCAUGUGGACCAGAGGUGUCAGUACCUGACCUGAAGCCGCCGCCUGCCACCCCUACUAAAAAGAUGACUGUCAGCGGGGCCUGGACAGGCUCGCUUUUACAAUGGUGAAAUGUACUUUUAAAAUUUAGAUUUCCAUUUAUGCUUUUCUCUCAUUUUGAUCAAAAAAUCAAAAGAGCCAUUCACAGUGAAGCUGCAAAAAUAUAAUUCACGCUCUUCGGAUAGUAAUAAAAAACAAAACAAAAAACAAGAAGACACCAAAACUUGAUGAACAAUUAAAGUCAUAAUACAACCAAACUCCCUGCAAAACCUCUCAGGGCCUUAAUUCAACAUGCAUGGUUGAGUAUUCCUUAAAGGAAAUUAUUGUUAGAGUUUCUGUUAAAGGAAUCACUGUGGAAUAACCUGAGCUCAUAUUUCAUGAGGGUAGAAGGAAAUUUGGGAAUGUUAUUUUAAUUACAAUAACAUUAAUAAUUAAUUUAGGAAUAUAAAUGUGUCUGAAAACAUAAAAAAGGCAACAGCUGGAAAUCUUGUUUACAAAUUGUUGAUUAGUAGAAUAGUUAAUAACUUGUAGCUCCACACAGUGAAGAGUCUUGGAAAGAAGGUUUCAGAUGAAGCAAAAGGAUAUCCUGCGAAGCCGUCACCUUAAAGGAGGAAAUGACCUCUCGUCCUGGAUGAUGUUUAUCAUCAUUCACUGAUCAGAGAAGAUUAUUGUCAUCUCUGUCUGAUCACCUUAUGUCCCUCUGUCUUUUUCAAAUGUAACUUAUUUUCCAUGUGCUUUUGACUUGAUGUGUGGGUGGCAAGUAUGCAAGGAUACACAUACACAGUGUACCUGUUGGAUUCAUUCAGAACAGUGUGAAGCAAUGAUGCCCUAGAUUGAGCCCAAGUGUCUCUCCUCCCCCUGCCUUUAGAUAAGCUUUCAGUCCAGCUGGAUGUAACAACACUUUGGCUGUUUUGUGUGUUAAAUGCAUAGAGUAGACUCACAACCCAGCUGCAUCGGUAAAAGUAGUACUUGAGAUAAUGUUUGCAUGAUAUAAUUUCUUGCAUUACUGGAUUGUAAUAAGACUAAAAUGGAUGUUGACUCAAAAGGAGUAUUAAGAUGGAAGCAAACUGACAGGUUAUAAAGAUUAAGGCUAAAAUCUUCACAAUAAUAUUGUAAGGGGGACCAAGCUUCCUGGGAAGGAACCAGAAAAUGUGUUCCAUUCUGUACUGGAAAACCCAACGACAGCACAUUAUUGUGGUUGAGUCUUUUCAUUUUUAAUCCACUUGCAUCUCAUUUUUAUGGUGCUGUACAAAAUAUCUGAACAUAUCAGUUCACUUUUUAAUUUCAAUCUCAAGGAACGUUAAAGAGGUUGUGCAGGCCCUCGUUUUGGUGUACUAAUUAAUUUUCGUUUUAUUAUUGAUUUGCAACUGCCUUGUUCUUCUUCCAAACUAUUUUGCUUAGAUGGUAUGAUAAAUCAGAACUCUUCUGACAUGUCAUGUAAAGUAUGUCAUCAUAAAUAGAACAAACUGUAGAAGAAACACCGCUGAACUUUUAGUUGUGUGAGAUUUAGUAGGUGAAUGUUAGAUGAAUGCCACAGACGUGUAACGUGCCAAUUCAAAUAGCAGUGAAAUUGUACAAAUGCUGGUUUUGUAUUGAAAAGACACUUUUUAUAAAAAAGCUCCUUUUAAUUGCAGAAGUGCCAGAGAGUCAGAUACAUAAACUUGGCAUGACAAGGUUUCCCUUUAAUUAUGCUGUCUUUAACAUGUGAAAAAUAAAUAAUAAACAAUUGCUGCCUGUUUGCCAAACUGGUAUUUUAUAUAUUAAUCGAAUUCAUGCAUCAUAAAUAAAUAUAGUCAGUAAAAUAAAAAUAAGACAAUGCAACACAUUGUCAUGUCAGGUUUAUGAACAAUAAUUUUUGAUUUCAAACACUAAACUUUACAAUGUUCACAUGUGUGGUGUAACUUCUGCUUUGUGUCAAGUUUUCGUUCCACAUUUUUUAAAAGUGACGGAUAAAAAAAACAAAAACAUGAUAUAGCAGUGUCUGGCUGGUGGAUUGAAGGAAGAAAAUGCAUUCCUCAUGCUGUUCUUUUGCUGCUGUUUGGUGGAUUGUAGAAGAUGUGAAGUACAGUAGCUAAUGGUCAUGGGCAGGAUGUGCACUAGGGGACCCCAGUUACCUAAAAGAAUUGAGCUUUGCAUCAACACCAAACGAACCCAGCUGAAAACUUCUCACCAUGCUCCAUUAGUGUUCAGAGUUAUUCAGAUCCUGCUUGAAUCAGCCUGUUGGGACAAACUUACCAGAUUUGUGGAAGUGUGACUACCAAGGAAGACACUCGGCCUGGACAUCUUGGGAAAGUUUUGUCUGAUGACCUGUGGUUGAUCCAGAAUCCUCUCUGAGUCUGCUCCAUCUCCUCUGCUCUGCUGCUCUCCAUUGCUUGGUGCUGUGUCUUUGCUGUACAUUGUGCUUCAUCCAAAAAACAAAUAAAGACUGAAAGAAAGCUAAA